ACCAGGCAAAGUGUCGAACCUCAAACUUGUAGAAAAGGGGGACAACUCCGCAACGCUGUCCUGGUCAGAGCCGCCGACGAAAGCAGAGCUUACCGGGUACCAGAUACAGUACUACCCGACAGACAACCCUGAUAACGUGCAGUACAUGGAUGUGGGGAAAAACCCAACACAAGCAACCGUUCUCAACUCAAACCCGGAUAUCUCCACAUACAGGGUGCGAGCCAAGACUGUGGACGGCAUAUAUGGCCCGUACAGCGACCCACUUGUCAACGGCAAGAUAGGACCUGUAGACACUGGCCGCGCAACAGGGGGUGGCGGAGUCCCACUGGUCGUGUGGUUACUGCCACUGCUGUUGCUGUUGAUCCCCCUACUGCUACUGCUUAUCUUCUGUUGCUGUUGCAAAGGAUGGUGCGCCGGGAAGAAAAAGAAAAGGCACUGGGAAAAGGACAAGUGCUCUCAAAUUUAACACCAAUGAGUCGGGUUCACCAAGAAAUGCUGCGGACCUACCGGACUACCAUUGUGGACAACAUGAAGGUGCCUGGUAAAGUCACGUCGCGGAUGGCGAAUGACAAGGUCAUCAAUGCACACAUGGUGGAGGCUAUCGCGAGCCACUCCGUACGUCAGGACAAGAGCAAGAAGCUCCUGGACAGCAUGGUCCUGGGAGGGGAUAAAUCAUUCGACAGUUUCUGUACCGGUCUUAGGAAGGACGAGAAGUUGGACUGGCUGGCAGACACUUUGGAGGGCCAGGGGUUAUCAAUGGACAAUCGCAAACGACUGGAGGCACACGAGAAGCUACUGGUGAACAAGAUGGACCCUGGCUCAACUCUACAAUACCUUACACAAAACCAGAUCUUCACUAACGACAUGGCGGAGUAUUGCAAUGACGCCAGCUCUACCGAGGAACAGAACAAACGCAUCCUCCACCUGAUGAAGUCUCGCAGCGAUGAAGACUUCAAUAUCUUCUGUUCGGGACUGAGGGCCAACGGACAGCAUGCCCAUAUUGCUGACCUUCUGCAAGGAGGAGGGAUUGAUAUGGCCACAAAAGAUGUGAUUAUGGAAGAUGAGAUCGUGAAGACGGGUAUGACCCUAAACCAGUCUGGGACAGGACUGGGACUGGGUGCGGCUGGGGCUGGAUUGGGACUGGGUGCGGCCGGGGUUGGACUGGGCACUGCUGCCGCCGGCCUGGCUGCCUCCAAAGGAGGAAUGGGUAUCGGUGGUACCCAGAGUACCUCUGCGUCAGGGCUGAAAUCCUCUUCAGCGUUUGGAGCAGACCUGGGGCUCGGUGGUACCGCUGGACAUGGAGUGGACUUCAAGGGUCAACAUCUCAAUGGAGCCGUUGUCAAGGGCGCUGGCCAUAAGUAUCGGAUCGAGGCCACAGCUCCACAAGGCAGCCUGAUGUCCGCCUCCUCCACCGUGGUUCCCCCGGGUCAACCCGUCAUCCUGGAGGUCAGGGGAGAAGUUGACCAGGUUCAGUGGCUCUACAAUGGGGACGUCAUUAGAGGAGAUCCCGGCAUCACCGCAAAUUCGGACGGGUUUCUACACGAGCUCCACAUCGACCGUAUGUCUCCUGAACGGGACGGGACCUACACAUGCAGGGGAGAGACGCCUGACGGAGGGGUGGUGGCUUGUGACAUCAAGGUUCAGACCUUAGUUUGAUGGCCGCAAACUCCUGUCGAUUGUCCUUUGAUGAACAACUUAUGAAUUAUGCAUAGCACAACUGCAGUGUUGCAAGGGGUAAAAUCUUGAAAAGAUGCACUAAUGUAUAGUACCUUUUAUGGUUAGUCAUUGAAUAUUAUCUGGCUGGUUAUAAGCUGUAUUAUAAAGAAAUUAGUUAUGACAUAGGCGAAAUUAAGCAUCAAGAAAGUGACUACGAUCUGUCGUUCAGGAAUUUUGAACUGGAUAUGAAGUAGAAUCAUAAUUCUAUUUUGAGUAAAAUAUAUGAAUGACUAUGACAAUGAAGUGUCUCAUGUAGACAACAGGCCAGUUACUGGAGUAUGUGAGAAAGCUGGAAAUGUAUUACACGAAGCAGCUACCGCGGACUCUCUCUUGUCAGUAGUGGUAAAGCAGUAUAAGGGGUUUGCACAGAGGUAGACCUUAGGGCGCAGGCGCUGAUAGGUGGAUUUCUAGAAUAGUUAUGACCUUAUUCUGGGUCAAAAAUAGUAGGAUCAGCAUAAGCAUUUAAUGGAAAAAUAUACUGCAAAUGUAUAUAUACAUAUGAGGCAAUUGCAUUGUUACUUUUAUUUAAUUGUUGCCACGUUUAGAAAUAAAAAGUCUUGUCUUUGUUGCUUUGCCAGAAAUUAGGUGCAAAAUCUUGUUAAAACAAAUAUGUAGAGCUAGGAAGUAUGAUCAUAGACACACAAUAUAUAACGAUUCGAAGAGAAUUUCUUGCAUUUUUGCCCACGACCAAGUUCCCUCCUGGUAUGUGCGGGACUACUUGCGGGACUUAUUGAUAGAUGAAUGAACCAAAUGAUUAGCAUAUUGAUCGUCUUAUAAGAUCACCGUUAGGUUUUAUUUUUUUCAGAACAAGUUAUACGAUUUGGGGUUCUUAUGGUGAUGUUUUUGACGUUAGAUGGGAAUUAAAGUUUCAGUACUGGGAUAAGAAUCAGUCUGUUGUGUCUUUGUCGAACAGUACAAUAUACUGUAUAUUGUUGUCUGCAAUUUUCAGUCCAGCAAUGACUGGUGUACGUACUGUUUUUCUUUCAGUUGUAAAUAAACUUCAUUAAUU